CCCCUGCUCUCUCUCUCGUUAAACACACGCACAGCACACUCUCUCCUACCUCACACACGGACAUUUGGGUGCCGCUGCAGCGUUUCGCUAGCUAGAGUUUUUUUUCCAAAGAAAAGAGCCUCUAGGGCGAACAACAGAACAAUGUUGUGGUCCUGACUAACAUUGAAUGGAUUAGCCAUCUAUUCUUGAGCACUAAUGAGAUUAGGGUGUCAUUGCAGACAUGGGUUGCAGCGGCAUGGUACCUUUUGUUGAGCUCCGUGGGGAGUGUUUUCCCUGUCAGUCCUUCAGCGCUGGAAAUGGCGUUCUGAUGCUGAACGAGGAAGACGCGGUGCAGGCGGAUGACAGCCAAUAGAAAUUACAUGUUUUCCAUAAACUGGUUUGUGGUGUGGAUUCCUAGUAGUGGUGGACAACAUGAAGUACCAGAAAUACAUAACGGUGAUGCAGAUGGCAUUGGGGGUGACUGCCAUCAACAGAGACAAUUGCAUCCCUCCUAAGAGACAGAUGUGGGUGACUCCCACAGAUGGAUUGUCAGGGAUAGGUGCCACAGGGAUAGGCACCGCGGCUUCGUCCGCUGCCAUUACAGAAGCUCAGGAUUCAGCAGAAGCAGCUGCAGAAGAUGCUGCAGCUGCUCGUGCCGCUGCUCGUGCAGGUGCAAUGUGUGGUUCUGGUGCUAUAGGAGGAUGCAGUGUAAUGUUUGCCACCUCCACACUCUCGCUGCCCAUGACCCAGGGCAAGCCCUCCCUCCGCAGGAUCAAGGGCCGCAUUCACCGCAGCAAGAGCCUGGACAGCAUAGACCUGCUCGACUCCAAUAGCGCAGCGAUGGAGGAAACUGUAAUAUGGGAACAGCACACAGUGACCCUUCACAGAGCCCCAGGGUUUGGGUUCGGCAUAGCCAUCUCAGGGGGCCGGGACAACCCUCACUUCCAGAGUGGUGAGACUUCCAUUGUCAUCUCCGACGUCCUGAAGGGAGGCCCAGCAGAAGGACUCUUAUCGGAAAAUGACCGUGUGGUAAUGGUCAACGCGGUGUCCAUGGACAACGUAGAGCAUGCGUACGCAGUGCAGCAGCUUCGGAAGAGUGGAAAGAACGCAAAAAUAACGAUCCGAAGAAAACGGAAGGUUCAGAUCCCAGUGUCUCGCCCGGGGGACAGGGAGACUAUGUCCGAGCACGAGGAAGACGACACUGAUGAAGACGAUGGUUACGAGCAGCACAGCGGCCGCAGCGGGCCCACCAGCGCCUAUGGCGCGGCGAGUGGCGGCACGGCCAGCAGGCGGACGAAUGACCGCGAGCGUGAACGCAGCAACAGCAGCCGGCGGGAACACAGUGCCUCGCGAGAGAGGAGCAUCUCACCCCACUCUGGCCGAUCCCAAGGCUCCUCUACACCGUCCCGCCCUGCCAAAGUCACUCUUGUCAAGUCCCGCAAGAAUGAAGUAGAGUAUGGUCUGCGUUUGGCCAGCCACAUCUUUGUGAAGGACAUCUCCCCAGAGAGCCUGGCAGCACGGGACGGAAACAUCCAGGAGGGAGACGUGGUGCUGAAAAUUAACGGCACAGUGACAGAGAACCUGUCGUUAAUAGAUGCUAAGAAGCUGAUCGAGAGGUCAAAAGGCAAGUUAAAGAUGGUGGUGCAGAGAGACGACAGAGCCACGUUGCUCAACAUCCCCGAUAUGGACGACAGCAUUCCUUCCUGCAACAACUCCAACCGAGACGACAUUUCAGAAAUUCAUUCACUGACAUCAGACCAUUCCAGUCGAUCCCAUGAUCGAGCACGGGGCAGCCGAUCCCGCUCCCCUACCCGGUCUGAGCCCUCGGACCCUUCCCGACACUCACCACGGCAGAUCAGCAAUGGCAGGAACGCAGGGGCCUUCUUACACAGAAUACUCCCACUCAACAGAAGUCGAGAUGAGGAGAGGAUUUCCAAGCCCGGGGUGAUGUCGACUCCUGUUAAAGGGUCCCAGGAGGCCCUAAUCCAGGCCAUCAGCGACCAGCCACUGGCCAGAGAGGACAAACUGCCCCCGCUGCCAGAACCAAAGCCAGUGUAUGCCCAGCCUGGCCAGCCUGAUGUGGACCUGCCAGUCAGCCCCUCUGACGCCCCAGUGCCCAGCGCUGGUCAUGAUGACAGCAUCCUCAGGCCGAGUAUGAAGCUGGUGAAGUUUAAGAAGGGGGAGAGUGUUGGCCUGAGGCUGGCCGGAGGGAACGACGUGGGCAUAUUUGUAGCCGGAGUCCUGGAGGACAGCCCAGCUGCCAAGGAAGGUCUGGAGGAAGGAGACCAGAUUCUCAGGGUAAACAACGUAGACUUUGCUAACAUCAUCCGAGAGGAGGCUGUGCUGUUCCUCCUAGACCUUCCUAGGGGUGAAGAGGUCACCAUUCUGGCUCAGAAGAAGACGGAUGUUUACCGUCGGAUAGUGGAGUCGGAUGUGGGCGACUCGUUCUACAUCCGAACCCACUUUGAGUAUGAGAAGGAGUCUCCGUAUGGCCUGAGCUUCAACAAGGGAGAGGUGUUCCGUGUAGUGGACACCCUCUACAACGGCAAGCUGGGCUCCUGGCUCGCCAUACGCAUUGGAAAGAACCACCAGGAGGUGGAGAGAGGCAUCAUCCCCAACAAGAACAGGGCAGAGCAGUUGUCCAGUGUGCAGUACACCCUCCCCAAAACGCCAGGGGGCGACAGGGCUGACUUCUGGAGGUUCCGUGGUCUGCGGACCUCCAAGAGGAACCUGAGGAAGAGCAGAGAGGACCUGUCUGCCCAGCCGGUCCAGACCAAGUUCCCUGCCUAUGAGAGGGUGGUGCUGAGAGAGGCUGGGUUCCUGAGGCCUGUGGUGAUAUUUGGGUCCAUCGCAGACGUGGCAAGGGAGAAGCUGGCCAGAGAGGAGCCUGACUUGUUUGAGCUUGCCAAAACACAGCAACAUGAAGGAGUGGAAAAGAGUGAGCCCAAAGACGCAGGAAAAGACCAGCGCAGCUCCGGGAUCAUUCGCCUCCACACCAUUAAACAGAUCAUUGACCGGGACCGGCAUGCUGUGCUGGACAUCACCCCUAACGCUGUGGACCGUCUGAACUACGCCCAGUGGUACCCCAUCGUGGUGUUCCUCAACCCGGACAGCAAGCAGGGCGUCAAGACCAUGAGAACCAGGCUGUGCCCCGAGUCCAGGAAGUCAGCCAGGAAACUCUACGAGAGAGCCCUCAAACUGAGGAAGAACAACCACCACCUCUUCACCACCACCAUUAACAUGAAUAAUAUGAAUGACGGGUGGUACGGUGCCCUGAAGGAGACCAUUCAACAGCAGCAGAACCAGCUGGUGUGGGUUUCAGAGGGAAAGGCGGACGGUGCUCCAGAUGAUGACAUGGAUCUGCAUGAUGACCGUCUGUCGUACCUGUCGGCUCCGGGCAGUGAGUACUCCAUGUACAGCACGGACAGCCGCCACACCUCCGACUACGAGGACACGGACACAGAGGGCGGGGCCUACACCGACCAGGAACUAGACGAGACGCUGAACGACGAGGUGGGCCUGCCCACUGAGCCCGCCAUCACCCGCUCCUCGGAGCCCGUCCGAGAGGACCCGCCAGUCAUCCAGGAGCCCCUGAGGUACGGCGGGUACCAGCACACAGUGCAGCCCGACCCCCUGAACCGGAUCGACCCAGCCGGGUUCAAGGCACCAGUGGCCCAGCAGAAUGAGAAAGCAGAGGCUGUUCCGGCCACCAUGCCUAUCCUCCCCCAGCAGCCUGAGCAGCCUGUGUUACUGGCUGAGACAGAGGCAGCGCCCACUGCUGUCAACAACACUGUAAAUGGUGUAGCGGGUUUGAGCCAUGGUUUAAGCCUUGGCCCUAUCGCUGCUCCCCAGAGCAAACCCAAGCCAGGCCCCGGCCCCGAGGCUGACAGGCUUAGGAUGCCCACCCCUGAUCUAGCUCAGCCCCUGGCCCCGGCCCCAACGCUCGAACCCGAACCCCUACAAUCCGGACCGCCCAGUUCAGAACCACAGAUGUACAAGAAGGAUCCCUACCUGGAGGAGCCAGUCAGAGUGAACCAUGGUGGUGUAAAGCCAUCUCCGGCGAUGGGGCCGCCCAUGACCUACGAGUCCCAGCCUCCGUAUCAGGACCAACACCCGUACAGAGAUUACGAUCACCCGCCCAACCGCUACGACGGGGGUGGCUACCUGGAACCAAAGUAUCGUAACUUCGACUCUCAACUGCACCACGAGAAAAACGUGCCUCACUACGAUGACCAGUGGCCUCCCUACAACCAGCAGACCUCUGGCCCACCACCCCACCAGCAGCAGCACCCCCCUGGGCCUGGCUACGACCCCCGGCUGUCCUACGAAGACGGACCCGAGCAAGACUACAGCCCCCCUCAGCCGCGCUAUGAUGAGACCCCGCUGGGCUACAACGGACGACCUCGCUACGGCAAGCCAGCAGGACCAGGACCCAUCCGCUACGAUGAGCCUUCUCCAUCCGUCCCAGGGGGCUACGCUCCUCUACGUUACGACCAGGAGCCUCACCCGUAUCCCCCUGCAACACGCUCUCCAGAGCCCCCUAAACAAUACUACCAGGGGGAGCCUGCCCAGCGGCCAGGACCUGAGCCUGCCUACAACCAGGCACCACCUCAGCAUCGAGGCUACAAGCCCCCGCCCCAACAGUAUGAACCCAUCAUGAACUUUGACGCCCCCGUGCCCGCACCCAAACCACAACCAGAGGCUCUCCGUCCCUCACCUGGGGACACGGUGAUCACUACAGCCCCCAAUCCCCUUCCCCCUCCCCCCAGAGUGGAGCUGGAGGACGACCCGGCCAUAAGGGCCCAGUCGGUGCUGUCCAGGGUCAAGAUGUUUGAGAACAAGCGCUCUGUGUCUGUGGACCGAGCCAAGGAGGCAGGAGACACCGUCGGGCUCAGGUCAGCGGAUCUGCCCACCAAACCAGGCACGUGCAUUCCUAAAGCCAACUCGCUCAGCAAUCUGGACCAGGAGAAGUCGUUCAGAGUCCCUGAGCCUCAGAAGCCCCGGGAGGUGUCCGAUGAUGACAUAGUGCGCUCUAACCACUAUAACCCAGAUGAAGACGAGGAGUACUAUAGGAAACAGCUGUCCUACUUUGACCGGCGAAGCUUAGACGCAGGCAAGGCCCCUCCUCAGACAACACCUGUCAUCGCAACCAAACCUGCUGCUCUACCACAAGCACAUCCCGGAUACAACUACCCCAGGGCAGAGUCAGUGGAGAAGGUCAGUCCUGUGGAGAGGAGAUAUGAACCUGUUCCCCAGGUUACCCCUGCUGCCCCACCUGCCAUACUGCCCAAACCCACCUCACCUGAGGCAGACACAGUCACGACCAACUACCUGCCCCAGAAGAGUUACCCUGAGAAGUCUCCAGUGAACGGUACGGCAAUGAAGGACCAGCCCAAGGCCCCGGCCAAUACCAGCUACAACCGCUACGUCCCCAAGCCCUACACCAACUCCGCCAAGCCCUUUGAGAGGAAGUUUGACAGCCCCAAGUUCAACCACAACCUGCUGCCCAACAACAAAACAGACCUGGCCCCAGCCAUCAAGGCCCCAGCCAACAGCACAGCCCCAGUCAAGCCCCAGAUCUCCCCCCAGCCUACAGACCUGGACUCUGGCAUGGACACCUUCACACGCACCAUGGACAACAGGUCCAAGUACCAGCACAACAACAUCAACGCUGUGCCCAAGGCCAUCCCUGUCAGCCCCAGUGCUCUGGAGGAUGAUGAUGAGGAUGAAGGUCACACGGUGGUGGCCACGGCCCGGGGGGUCUUCAACUGUAAUGGAGGGGUGCUGAGCUCCAUCGAGACGGGUGUCAGCAUCAUCAUCCCACAGGGGGCCAUUCCCGAGGGCGUAGAACAGGAGAUCUACUUCAAAGUCUGCCGGGACAACAGCAUCCUGCCCCCCCUGGACAAGGAGAAAGGAGAGACCCUGCUCAGCCCGCUGGUGAUGUGUGGCCCUCACGGCCUCAAGUUCCUGAAGCCUGUGGAGCUGCGUUUACCUCACUGUGCGUCUAUGACCCCAGAUGGUUGGUCUUUUGCUCUAAAAUCCUCCGACUCCUCGUCGGGUGAUCCCAAGAGUUGGCAGAAUCAGUCUCUCCCUGGAGACCCCAACUACCUGGUGGGAGCCAACUGUGUGUCUGUGCUCAUCGACCAUUUCUGAAGAGUGCAACAGCUGGCCUGUUACUGAAUGUGAAACCAUGAGAAAAGGAGUGAUAAUAAACACACACACACACACACACACACCAUUUCUCCAUGGGUGGACCAUACACAAUGAAGUAUUUACACCCAGUGCUCCAGCGUUGUUUACUGUGCCCAUGGAAGAUGGAAGGAGACGGAAGUUGCCCCUGCGUGCUGUCCUUUAACUCUUUCCGAGGUCUUGAAGAAAAUACAAAACACACAAAACGAUUUAACCAGUGAUGGAAUGCAUGCCCUGUGCCACUGAGUAACUCAUCACAUUAUACGCCAAGUUUUAACUUUAAUUGUUACAUAACAGGAAAGAUGGUUUGUGAGGUUUUUACUAUUGAAGUAGAUGGACAUACAUGUAGGUGUAUUUAUACUAUAUAUGCAUACAGUAUAUAUAGUAUAUAGUAUAAAUAUCAUUUUAAAUUCAAUUCUAGAAAACGGAAUUCAAGAAUCAGACUUCAACCUUUUUGUCACAUUUUGAGUUGGCUAACUUUACAAAGCCGGUCAUGUUUUUUCCACAUUGACGGACUUGUGAAGAUUUUGGAAUUCGGUGCCAGGGAGAUGGGCAGUAAAGUGAUGAAGAUGUAAAUGUAUGGCUUUGUGGUAAUGAUUAUGGUGAUAGUGAAGUUGGCAAGCAUCUGCAGAAGAGAAAAUGAAGCUGAAGGUGGAAUACUUUGAGGUGGAUUUAAAGCCCAGCUCAUGCCUCUAACAUGCUCAUCCUGUGACUAGAAUGGCUCUUCCUUCCUUUCCUUUUUUCUUUCUUUCUGUAAACUGACCUUGGAUUCACUUUGUAUUGAGUACCAGAAUUCUACUCCUGCUGUAUCAAGAUCUAUGCAUGUGCUAUGACUCAGGUCCAGAAGCCUGCUCAGUUCUCCCUCACAAUGUUAAAACCCUCUUACAUUAACAAGCAGUGAUGCCUUAUCUGCAUAUUAUUCACUUUUUCAGUAAAAACCUCUGGGUUCUUCUAAUUUAUGAUGUUAAAUUAUGGAAAAAUGAAGUUUUCUCUUGCCAUUUUGUCAACCCACUGUAUAAAUGAACUUGGGUUUAGCGCACAAGAACAAUUGAGGCUAAUAAAGGUAUGCUUUCUUUAUCUGCUAUACAUAUGACUUCAGAAGAAAAAUAAAAAGAUUACAAAAAAGACAAGUGGCUGUACAUAAAGUUAGCAUAUGGCCUUGGUUCUUGGUUUGUAAAUGAACUUUUGUAUGUCUUUGUUAUUUUGUAUAAAACUUCGAGAAAUCUCGUUAAAAAAAUACAUGAAAUGACCAUGGUUUACUUUGUAUUCUGGUUAUACCCUUGAGCCUUGGAACUUGUAACUAUUAGCAGUAAUAAAAUCCACAUUUUCUACCAAUAUAUUCACACUACAUAUAAAUAAUAAUAAUUGUCACACAAGUCUUUUUAUGGUUAUUUACAAAAGAGUGAAGUGCUUGGGUUAAACAACUUUGCAGACCUGUUCUUUAAAAGGGUGUACUCUGAAAGUGUCCCCCUCAUUUAUUUGUGAUACUGGAUGCUGUAUUAUUUUGUGCCCUGAAAUGUAUUUUUGUACUAAUAGACCAUAUAUUACGGCACACCAGUACUAUUUUCUUUAUAUAUGAUAAAACAGCUUCAAUUGGAUAUUAGCUCUUCACGUGUGGCUGACUUUUUUUUCUCCUUUGUGACACAAUUUUAAGUAUACUACUGUAUUAAUGAAUAAAAUCAUUUUUAAAGUAAA